CUUGACGAAAAUUUAAUCCAGUCCAAUGCAAUCCAAUCCAGACUCCGCUUCGGUCGUGGUGUAUUAGCGGUGGGGUGUGGGUGAGUGUUUUGCAGGGUUUUUAUCGGUAUUCGAGUCGCACGUUUUCGCAGAUACUGUCAAAAUACGAGUAAACCCUAGGGACCUUCAACGACUCUUUGACUCCUCUACCAAGACUUGUGAUGGCUGUUGCUGUUGCUGUGAUUGGAAAAGAGAAUUCUCCACUAUUUGUGAAAACAGUUACACCAUGCAAUGAGCUGAAGUUUCUCUACACAAUACACACAUCAUUGGAUGUCGUUGAAGAGAAGAUAUCGCCUGGCAACAAGAGCUCUGGAGAUGUUCGUGAGCUGUACUUAGGACUGUUAUAUCCCACAGAAGACUGCAAGGUGUAUGGAUACGUGACAAACACAAAAACAAAAUUUAUUGUCAUAGUGGAGACCUCCCGUACGACUCUGCGUGACAACGAAAUAAGACAGAUGUUUCACAAACUGCAUACAUCAUAUGCUGAUGUCGUGUGCAAUCCCUUCUAUGUUCCUGGUGAUCAGAUAGUGUCCAAAACCUUUGACAGCACUGUCAGUGGAAUAAUGACAGGAGAGUAAAUUCCGUGGCUGGGUGAUGCAGUUUCGGCACUGACGAAGAAAGCUGAAGACGUCCAUUUUCCAGCUUUUAAAUGAAGGUACUAUACAAUGACGAGUAAAAUUCUGUUCUACUGUGUUGUGAAUGUAUA